AUGAAUCCCAGUCCCGUUUCGUCCCCAUCCUCCUUUGACGGUUCGCUUUCCACCAUCUCCUUCGACUCCAUGGUUGAGAUCAAGCGGUCGGAUAUCCCUAGCUCGCCAGAAGUCGUGGCGCGGCGCCCUGAUGCUGAAGACGACAAACAUCGGCUACUGUACACGCGCUCAAAGGUCUAUGUGCACCCAACGGCUUAUGCACGGGACAAUAUCCCUGGCUUUGUAGCCUUAGUGAAACGGGAGGCCACGAAUGCCGUGUAUUUCCUUGCAUGGAUCCCGGAGAGCCUCUUGAACGAGAAGGGAGACGACGAGUGGAAGAAGUUCACUAAAAUAGAAGAAUCAUCGACGCUCGACGAGGAGGACGAUGAUGUCGUCUUCAUCGACCUGCCAAACCACAGGCCAGAGUCAUAUGCAUUCUCGGUGCCUCUCACCUCGAUAUACUCGCUCAUUAUACAUCCGCCUUCCUUGUCGUCGUGGUACGGCUCGAUGGCCAUUAAUCUCAUCAACGGAGACACUCUGCCCACACUCCACUUCCACGAUGACGAGUCACGAUCCUUCACCGCACCAACCCCUAAGACGCCUCAAAGCAGUAAGGCUGGUCUCAGUUCGUAUCCCCCGCCUCCGACAUCACCCUCGCCCCCUCCGAAAUAUAGCGGUUCGUGGGGAGGUGAUGAUCUGCUCAACAAGUUACGAUCGUAUUCGCAUCUCCUUCGCUCUACGCUGCAGCCUUCUCUGUAUCUAGUCGACCCCUCAAAGGCAGAUAUGGAGACACAUACUACACAAAUAUUUGACGACGAUGCUGUGGAUGAUAUACUUGCUCAGUCUUCGUACGCCAACUCGCAUUCCCCGGUCCCUGCCCACAGAAGGCCGCGCCCGCUUUCGUCUUCACCUCUGUCACCGAAUCCAUAUUCUCAGAGAUCCUCAGUUCUCCACAGAUCUCUUGGCUCUCCCACAAGCUCAAGUUCCUCACCACCAACCCAGGCCCGCAUGGCCCUCCUUCAGUCUUUCUCGAAUAUAACUCGAGCGACGCGUCACGCCGCACAGAACAUCCUCUCUCACCCACUAGCCAAACCCAUUGUCCCCCAUCUUCCAGAUCCUGUGAGAAGCCUAGUCAAUGUCACUGGUGAGACCGAGUGGGGUAGUUGGGUAGAGAAGGGUGGCGUUGGAGAAUUCGAAAGUGCACGCGUUUAUCUGGCGCGAUGGGCUCGUAUUGUUGCCGAGGAGGGUGAGCGGGCACGUAGACGAGAAGCGCAGUCAUUGCCUUCAUCCUCAGCAUUAAACGACGCGGAGGAGACCUCGUUAGGCGUCUUCGAGUUGUUGCACUCAGCAGCGAAUCUGCCAACACCAAAGUCAUCUCGCGACCCCGCGCACCCGAUUGAUGAGGCCACUUGGGAGCGAUGGUUUGGGAAAGACGGAAGGCCUCGGGUAAGCAAGGAGGAGAUGAAAGGAGAAGUGUUUAGAAGAGGAAUUUCUCCGCGCGGGCAUCUUCGACGCAAGCUCUGGCCGUUCGUAUUGGGCGUGCAUGAGUGGGAUGUAACUUCUGCUGAGAGAGAGAAGCAGUGGUCGGAGAAAAAGCGACGCUAUAAAGAACUCAAGACCCAAUGGUGCGGUGUGGCCGAAGUCUUUGAACGGCAGGACGUCGUAGACGAACGGCAUCGAAUAGACGUAGACUGCCGUAGAACAGAUAGGACCCACCCCCUCUUUGCCAGCAAUCCCUCACCCAAUCAGCCAUCAUCGCAAACAUAUUCCAUCUCGCCGCAAAUCGUGGAUAUUGGCGCUCAGUCGCCCAGCAAUGAACACGUAGAUAGACUAGGCAGCAUCUUACUCACAUAUAAUUUCUACAACACCGAGCUUGGUUAUGUACAGGGAAUGUCGGACCUCUGUGCGCCGAUAUACGUUAUCAUGGCCUCGGACGGCGAAGCGGAGGAACUUACGUUUUGGUGUUUCGUGGAGGUGAUGAAUCGGAUGAAACAGAACUUCUUGCGUGACCAAAGCGGCAUGAAGAAGCAACUGCUGACACUACAGCAGCUAAUUGGUUUCAUGGAUCCAGAGCUCUAUCGUCAUCUCGAGAAAAUCGAUGGCCUCAACCUUUUCUUCUGCUUCCGAUGGGUGCUCAUUUCGUUCAAGAGAGAAUUCUCUUUCGACGAUGUUUUGAAACUUUGGGAAGUCCUGUGGACCGAUUACUACAGCAUUGAUUUCGUUCUCUUCGUUGCUUUGGCCAUCCUUGAGUCUCACAGAGACAUGAUACUCCGUUACUUGGUCGAGUUCGAUGAAAUUCUGAAGUAUUGCAACGAACUCAGCAUGACAAUCGAGCUCGACUCGACAAUUGCCCAAGCCGAAGUUCUCUUCCUGUCGUUCUCCCAAUUAGUCGCAGACAUGGACAGACGGCGGGCUGAGGACCUCGAUGUCCCAUCGAACCAACUUCGCCAACGCCAUAACAGAGGCAGCAGUGGUCUUUCGGGAAACAACAUCGUAAUGCCCGUUCUGUCCGAAAACCUCAGAUCUUUACUCGAUAGAUAG